AAGUGCGGGUUCGUGGGGUGAAAGUUUGGUGCAUUUUGUCCGCUCGUGAGCUCUGUAGGGGUACAGGAAGUGUUGCCUAUGGUGACGGGCUGAGUUUACAAGCCAGCAAAGAUGGAGAAGUACGAGAAGAUAAAAGUGGUCGGGAGAGGAGCGUUCGGUAUAGUGCAUCUUUGUCGCAGACGCAGUGAUGGUGCGCUGGUGAUCUUGAAGGAAAUCCCAGUAGAGCAGAUGACUCGUGAUGAACGUCUCGCAGCUCAGAACGAAUGCCAGGUUCUCAAGUUACUCAACCACCCCAACAUAAUCGAGUAUUACGAAAACUUCCUCGAGGACAAGGCACUGAUGAUCGCAAUGGAAUAUGCUCCAGGGGGAACCCUGGCAGAUUACAUACAGAAGCGUUGCAACUCCCUGUUAGAUGAGGACACCAUAUUACAUUUCUUUGUACAGAUCUUACUUGCCCUUUACCACGUGCACAAUAAACUCAUCCUACAUCGGGACCUCAAAACCCAGAACAUCCUACUAGACAAGCACCAGAUGAUAGUCAAAAUAGGUGACUUUGGAAUCUCAAAAAUUCUCGUGAGCAAGAGCAAAGCUUACACUGUUGUGGGUACACCAUGUUAUAUAUCUCCAGAACUAUGUGAAGGAAAGCCAUACAACCAGAAGAGUGACAUUUGGGCCCUUGGCUGUGUUCUUUAUGAGCUUGCUAGUCUCAAGAGAGCUUUUGAAGCAGCAAAUCUGCCAGCCUUGGUGCUAAAGAUCAUGAGUGGCACCUUUGCCCCCAUUUCAGAUCGUUAUAGCCCAGAGUUGAGGCAGUUAAUCCUCAACAUGCUAAAUUUGGAUCCAUCCAAGCGGCCCCAACUCAAUGAGAUAAUGGCCCAUCCCAUUUGCAUCAGGCCAUUGCUUAAUCUCUACACUGACAUAGGCAAUGUUAAAAUGCGCAGAAUCGAAAAGUCACUCUCUAGUGUACAGGCAGGUUCUCAUGGAAGACCUGGUGCACGAGGAACCAGUAACAGAACCAGAGGUGGGCUGUCCAGUUUAACUUCAACAAAGAUGAUGCAUCCAUUGCCUUUGUCUGCAGUGUACACCUGGGGCAGCGGAAUCUCCCCUCCUCUGCGUCUGCCCAUGUUAAACACAGAGGUUAUCCAAGUCUCCCUGGGUCGCACCCAAAAAAUGGGCGUAACCAAAUCUGGGAGGCUCAUCACUUGGGAGGCCCCCUCCGUCGGAUCUGGUGAGCCUGCUUUGCCUGGUGCUGUUGAGCAGAUGCAGGCGCAGUUUAUAUCCCGCUUCCUGGAGGGUCAGUCUGGUGUCACCAUCAAAUCUGUAUCAUGUGGUGAUCUUUUCACCACCUGCUUGACAGACAGGGGAAUAAUCAUGACGUUUGGGAGCGGAAGCAAUGGUUGUCUCGGCCAUGGCAAUUUCAAUGAUGUGACACAGCCCAAGAUAGUGGAAGCUCUUCUGGGUUACGAGUUGGUUCAGGUGUCCUGUGGAGCAUCCCAUGUACUGGCUGUGACCAAUGAGCGAGAGGUUUUCUCCUGGGGGAGAGGAGACAAUGGUCGGCUGGGUUUGGGCACUCAGGACUGUCACCAAUCACCCCGGCAGGUGAGUUUGCCAGCUGAUUUUGAAGCCCAUCGUGUGCUGUGUGGAGUGGACUGUUCAAUGGUUAUAAGCACACAGCAUCAGAUUCUGGCCUGUGGGAACAACAGAUUUAACAAACUGGGUUUGGAUGAGGUCUCCGGCGGCACAGAAGAGCCCCCAUCUCACUGUCAGGUGGAGGAGGUUCAUAUGUUCCAGGCUGUCCGAUCAGCUCCUCUAAAUGUUGAGAAGAUUGUUUACGUCGACAUUGGAACAGCACAUUCUGUUGCAGUCACAGAGAAGGGUCACUGUUUUACGUUUGGCAGUAACCAGCACGGCCAGCUUGGCUGCAGUUCCCGCAGAGCCACUCGAGUGCCAUAUAAAGUCUCAGGACUGCAGGGGAUCACCAUGGCGGCGUGUGGGGACGCCUUUACUCUGGCAAUCGGGGCAGAGGGGGAGGUGUACACCUGGGGUAAAGGGGCACGCGGUCGACUCGGCCGAAAAGAAGAGGAUUCUGGGAAACCGAAGGCUGUGCAGCUCGACGAGAGCCACCCUUUCACUGUCACGUCAGUGGCCUGUUGCCAUGGAAACACACUCUUGGCUAUAAAACCAUUUUUUGAAGAGCCUGUUCCAAAGUAACAUGAUUGAAGUUACUCAACGCACUCAACAGAAGAGGGUUAUGGUCUUAUCUAUAAGGAAGGACUAGAGGAUUGUUCAUUGAAGAAGUGCAAAAUAUGCAGUAUUUGUAAAGUGACAUAUCAUUGAGUUUCAAUAGAAGUGCCUCUUUUUGUACAGACCAAUUGAAGACCAGCACAUUAUGUAGCACUGUAUAUAAGUCAAAGUAUUAACCAAAUGUGUUUACAAGAAGAGAAAGGGUGGAAAAAUUAUUCUGUUACCUUAAAACAUGGAAGUAAAACUGAAAAAAAAAUAUAUAAUAUGAAGAUUAAAAGAGCUGCAAAGAGUUGCACAUAACUGUGGAAAACAAACACAAUUUUUAUGUAAAAA